GCCCCAUCUCCGCGUCAGGGGGUAGAACUGUUGCCUCGAAGGAUGGGCUGAAGUGGAGAUCCUACAGAGGAGUCAUUUCAGUUGUUCUCCGACCUCCGAGCUGUGCGCAACCCACAACAUGAGGACUCUGGUGUACUUAUUGGCUGGCCUGGCUGCCGCUGCCGCACAGUCCUGUAAGGAUGACGAAAUCCUUUACUACCCCGACUCCCAGGAGUGCGACAAAUACACCCAGUGCAAGUUUGGCGUCGUGACCGAAGAGUAUUGCCCUCCAGGUCUUCUCUUCAACGAUAAGAUCACGAAUGGAAGAUACCCCUGCGACUACCCCAUUGACGUCGAUUGCGGAUCCAGGUCAAGAACCCAGCCAGCUGUCUCCAGUGAGAACUGCCCCAACGCCUGGGGUUACUACGGAACUGGCGACAGAGCCAACUGCGGCUACUUCUUCAACUGUGUUGACGGACAGGCCUUCCCCUUCACCUGCCCAGAGGGUCUCGCCUUCUCCUCCGCCACCUACAGAUGCGAAUGGCCCGAUGAGUCUCCUGACUGCGACUCCUCAGCUUUCCUCGGCUUCACCUGCCCAGAACAGCAGGAUCCUGCCCAGCUCCUCCUUUACGGACACGCCCGCCUCAGGUCCCCAAGAGACUGCCGCCAAUUCUUCAUCUGCGUCGGCCCCUCCCCCAGGCUGAACCAUUGUGAGCUCGGCCAAGUCUUCAACGAAGCUGCCAACUCCUGCGACGAACCUGAGAACGUCGCUGGUUGUGAGAACUACUAUCCACGAGAGGAGCUGGCUGCCAUCAGAGACCGCAAGGAGAAGCAACGCAUCGCAGCUGCCAAGAGGCAAGAGGAAUUUGAACAGCUUAGACAGCAGCUGGCACGCAGAAACUAAGAGGCAUAGCUGAUGUCUACACGAAGACAGCAACGAAAGAAAUAAAAAUAUAUAUAUAAAUAUGUAUCUAUAAGAAAAAUGCAUAGAAGGAAUGGACCCGAUUGCAGCACUCCCCGGAAAAAUGAAACUCCAGUUGUCAAUUUUGAUUCUCAGAAACGUUUAGGCUCUUUUAGUUACACA